AGUAGCUCUCUUGGAUGUGCUAACAACGUGAUUCUGAAAUAAAAAGUCUGCUAAAGAGAAGGAGCUGGGCAUUUAUUUAUACGUGCUGGAGGUGAUCACACACAGGGAAUACAUGGCAAUUUCAUUGACACUACUGGCAUGAACAUUCUCUAGCUGCCUGAAAGAGAAAACUUACUUACAAUGGAUUUGAGAAACAUUCCCUAUCGUUCAGACGUGGUUACCUGGAACCCGGAUGACUUAGCAGAAUAUUUUAAGACGUUAAAGUACAAGGAUUGUGAGAAAGUCGUAAGAAAGCACAGUAUAAACGGACAAAGGUUUUUGAAUAUGUCUGAAAAUGAUAUUCAGAAAUUUCCCAAGCUCAGAGUACCGAUUAUAAGUAAACUAAGCCAGGAAAUUAACAGAAAUGAAGGAAGGAUAUCGUUCUUUCCAAAAUGGGCCCAAACACAAAAGUUUCCUGAAAAUCCAGGAUACAGUCAAGAAGAAGAAGAUGACUGGUCUUCAUUUGAUGAAGAUGAUGACUAUGAAAGUCCUGAUGAUGAUCCGGAAAAGGAAGAUGAGGCUGACUAUGAAUCACCAACAGAAGAACCUGAGGAAGCAGACCAUGACAGUGAUGGCUAUGAGCCACCUCCAUCCAAUAAUGAUGAAGCACACCACAACGUCAUAUUCCCUGCCAAGUCACUUGCAAACAAUACAGAUUAUAUAGACAGACCUUCAACAGCUAGAUCAUCAAAUCAGCCUCCAAUACCACCCCAGCGACCUGGCCCUUCCCCUGUACCAGCCCCACCUGGGGGACGAGGUGCUUCUGUAUGUUUCUUUCUAAAUAUUUCAUCAAUUUCCUUUGCUAGUAGCUCCUAGGAAGUCCAAUCUUCGAAACCCCCAGCUCCUUCUAUAGACAGAAGCACGAAACCCCCACUGGAUCGUCCUGCUCCACCGUUUGAAAGAGAAAGCCCAGUAUCAGGAAGGAAGCCAGGCCUUCCUGAAAAGCCUCUGACUCCACAGCUAAGAUCCCUGGGGGAACAGCUAGCAAUGAUGCCAAAACCUCCUGUCCCACCAAGUGAUAGAUAUGAAAGAGGCAAUCCAUCUCCCUUAAGGAAGCCACAUCCUGUAAAGCAGGGUUGGCCACCACAAAAAAAAACGGAGGAAGAAGAAGAGACUGCACCCCAAAGACCAGUGCCACAGCUAUCUUUGCCCCCGUACAGCUCCAAUACAUUCCCUUCAAGAUCUGUCAAGCCUCCACCUAAGCCAGGAUUCAACAGUAUGCCUGGAGCAGAAAGUGCUAGCAGCCUGUCUUCAAGUGGCUCACUACCACCACGCUUCCAACUAGGCAACAACCACAGAUCUCCUUCAAGAGGCACAGCAGAUCUACGGCCUCCAUUGCCAAUUCCUAGCAGACAGACUGUUCACCCACCAACCACAGAGAAGGACGAGGACUCACUAAAUGAUGAAUGGUACAUUGCGGAUAUUAGCCGGCCGGAAGCAGAAGCCGCUCUUCGAAAAAUAAACAAGGAUGGAACUUUCUUGGUGAGAGACAGCUCAAGGAAAACUGCUACUCAUCCAUACGUACUGAUGGUUUUAUACAGAGAUAAAGUAUACAACAUUCAGAUUCGUUACCAGGAGCAAAAUGACAUAUAUUUGUUAGGAACCGGCUUAAAAGGAAAAGAGGAUUUUUCUUCUGUAGCAGAUAUCAUUGAUUACUUCCAAAGAACACCCCUUCUUCUAAUUGAUGGAAAAGACAGAGGUUCAAGAAACCAGUGCAUGUUAAAAUAUGCUGCAGGACAUAUUUAAAUGAGAGCCUAAUGAAGGUCACGUACAGGAACAAAGUCUACUAAAGUCUGUAAGCCUCAGGAUAUUUCCUUCUUCAGUGACCUCAAGUCACGAAGAAACAAUUAAAAAUCCUUUUAAUCUUAAGAAAAAAAGAACAAUGCUCUUAUUUUUAAAACGUGCUUUAAAUGCAGCAAAUCUGAUCUUCCUACAACGUAUUUAUUACUGUCUGCUAAUCAUACACUGCAUGAGAACUCCUUACGUGAGGAAGACUGCCUUCCAACAUACAUAUAAGUUAUUGAAACGAUUUCCAUGCUAAAAUAGAGGACCCAUGACAUACCUAUCAAUACAGGUCUUUUCUUUCUUAGGAAGAAAAUUUGUUAGCUCUUUUUCAGAUCACAACUGCAGUAGCAAUUACAUUAUGUAAAGUGAUACACAAUAGACCCAAAUCUUGUCAAAGUUGAGCAGCAGACAAAGGCACCAAAAGCUCUAUUUUUCACACUCUGCUUUUCAAUAAAUGUGGCCAUGGGCAAUUCUAUCAAAAGACUAGGUCUCUGACUUGGCCCUAAAAACACCUACUUUUCAGUGAUACAAACACCCUGGAUAUUUAGCUGGCUGUCAAGAACUGUGUCUGUGUUAUUCAUCUAUUAAACAGUCUCUGCUCACUCUUUUUUUUGGAAAAACAGACUAUACAGAGGUACCAUCUCCUAUCUGCCAUACCGUUUGCGAGUCACUGAUGGCAUGGUCCUAUCCCUCAAAAUGGAAGUAUGUAUCUCCUAGGAUCCUUCAUCCUCAUUCAGAAAAAAGCUUUUCUUCCUUACCAUAGGCUUUCCUUUAGCUGUCUCUUCCUCUCUAAAUUAAGUAAUCACUGUUUCACAAGAGACACAUCACCCAGAUCAUCAUCAUGUGAUUCUUAAUUGGCAGACCACAGCCAAAUCUCUUAGUAAGCAAGCACAUACCACCAGGAUAAGCUGAGUUCCUCUUACAAAAUUGCUUUCUGUUCUUACUGUAUUUUUUCAAGAAAAACAGUAACAUUCUCAGUUCUAAAAUAUAAGCUGCACCAAAACACUACCGAAGAAUCAGUACAUCAAGAGUUUUUCCCAGUCCUCUGUAAGUGGGACUUAUCCAAUUGUUUUCCUAGGUUUUCUACUGACUUUUGUUUUCUGAUAAAGACCUUAGCUUGAGACAUACCUUGGACUUUGUCACACUUCUUUUCCUUAAAGUUAUUUUGUGUAUCACUUGAAAUAUCUGAACCACAAUUCAAGGCAGGAUAAUAUCUUCAGUGCAAUUUGUAUAGCUUCUCAGAUAAGAUCAUCAGAUUUCAUAAACAAUUCUACAACUGUAAAUAUUUUUAUUUUGUAAAUGUUAUCUUCACUUCCAAUAUAUUUUGCUAGAAACUGGAUUCAGAGCUAAAGAACUUCAUUUUCCUGUAGCUAUGCGCCCCCAACCACGAAAGAUGAAAAAUAAUGUUGAACAAAAAUCUUCAACUGACAAGAUCGAUUUCUAGCACUAUAUGUAUAUUUUUAAAUUUGCUAUUAAUCUUGAGAAGGAAGAGUCAGGAGUUAUGUACUAUGUUUAUCCCAAAAUGCUAAAAUUUAAGAACAAACACCUCAUAUUACCACUGAUUAUGUGAGCUGCUGGUUUGUAAUACUAUUCUAUAACAUCAUCUUGAAAAUUCUGACAACCUAGAAAUGCCUUUUAACAAAUUGGCUCUUACUUGUUUUAAAUCAUCUUGUUAUGAAAGAGCAACAAAGUACAAACCAGCAUAACAGAUUAUAACACCACGUAUUUUUUUUCAGUAGAGUAAAUAUGGAUUUGAUUAUUCAGAAAAAUAUAUUUUGUCUGAAGAAAAAUAUAUCUCAACAUUCAAACAAUUCCACAAGUACAGUGUGUUUGAAUAUUAACUGUAAUAAAAUAUAUAAAAAUGUUGGCUACCAAAUUUGGGCCAGUAGGAGAGUGUUUAAACCAUCAACUUUCACUUUUUUUUUUGAGCUAGAAGUUCACUACAGAAACUAGAAUCAAAGUGCUUUUUGGUUUUCCAGAAGUUACUUGCUAUUUAGCAUCCUUCCACAGUAAAAUUUUUAGAGUGCAGAAGGACGAUCAAAUCACAAGAUCCAGUUUCUCUUUUAUUGAUCUUUUCUUAUCCCAUUUCUCCUAGCAGAAGUAAGAUAGGCGAUAGCAAUGUCCUGAAAUAAUUUAAAAUCUUCUGUUAGUGUUCCGAUACGUCCUUGAAAGGAGAAAACUACACGUGAAAAAAAUUCAUGCCCAAAUUCCUGUUCUUUUCGGUUGAUGAUGUUACUCUUCUCAGCCUAAUAGGUCUAAUUUGGGGAAUUUGGGUUAAAAAGAUCUUAAAAUCAGUAAGAUAAUUUAUUUUUUGUUCUACAUUUCCAGUUUAAAACAACAAUAUUCUAAGCGAGGAAAACCAUACUAUCCUUUAACAGUUCAAAGUGGAGGACUAUUAAUGGAAGGUAAUGCAUGAAAAUGAAUAAAUUACUUAAUUCUUCAAACUCCAAGGUUUUUUUCGUCAGCUUCUCUCAAAUCUUUGGCCUUCAAGGGAUGGCUGAAAUUCAAAAUAAGGUCACAGAGCAGUAGUUGGCUUUCCACUGUAAGAUAAAGGGCAAACUAUUGUCAUGGCAUUUAUUGAAUGGCAGAUACUAAGUGAAAGGCAAUUUAAUGUAGCACUUUCAUGUGUUUAUCCCUCAACUCUUUCAUAAACCAAAAGGAUCAUUUUGGCUUGGCUUUACUCCAAUUUACUCCAAGGCAGUUAAAUAAAGUUUUGCAUUAGGGUAUUAGUAAUAUUUCUAUUAGGAGACUAUUAUGUCCCUGCAAAGGAAUUACUUUGAUUAUCUAACAGGUUUUCUCCAUAUUUAGCUAACAUGAUUUCAUAUUUAUGUAAAUGUUGUUUCAUUCAUUUUUCAAAAUGAAAGAGCAAAUUUAUUGUUUCAUUACAUUAAAAAAAAAGCUCUGUGACAAAGACAUGAGCCAUUCACAACUGCACAUUCUUCUAAACAACGCCUUAACAUCUUUCAGUUUAACUGUGUGAUGACUUCAGAAUUACCGUUCAGUUUCUUCAGCUCACUGGACAUUUUAUCAACACUUCUAAUCGCAGCUUCAAGGUUAAACUGCUGAUCAGGAUCAUCAGUUUUCAACAUCUGUAUAAAAUAUAACCAAAAUAUAACUGAUACUGUACAUGUGAUUCUUAAAACUCAGUAACACAGAUCAGCAUCUUUAUGAAAAUUUUUCUUUGAUUACCUAAAAUAUUAUUUUAGCUAAAACUUCCUCCCUUCCCUUUUCAAAUUAUCCAUUUAGAUAUGGCAAAUACUAAACACCUAGGUUUCAGUCUUGCUUUCUAUUCCACAUGAAUUUUUUCCUUUUUUUAAACUAAGAACUGUAAUAAAAUGAAUCAUAUCUAAAAUUUU